AUGCUUUACCAAACUCACCACCCCUCCUUUUUAUUCCAAUUUCAUCCUCAUUCUUCAACCCCUUCUUCUUCUUCUGUGACCAAGACCACCUCCUCUCUCUCUCCUCUUCCUCCUCUGUUACACUAUCUUCCUCAGGUUGUAAGAAGUGAGAUGGAAUGCGUUGCGGCGGCGUUGAAGACCAGUAUCAGGACGGAGAUGGCUGUUAAGGAGGCGGCUUUGGACGACUCUUUGGGUUUGAACGCCGCAAACGGCGGUGUUCAGAAUUGCGAGGACUUCUCCGUUGACGACCUUCUUGAUUUUUCCAACGACGACGGAUUUGUGGAACAAGAAGAAGAGCAAGAAGACGAUAAAGGCUCUGUUUUGCCCAAGAAAGAAACUACGGUGGAAGAAGAGAAGGAAAAUUCGACACCGUCUUCUUGUGUGUCCGAGAAGAACGAACUCGGGCCGGAGCCCACCAGUGAACUCAGUGUUCCGGCAGACGACUUGGAAAACCUCGAGUGGUUGUCUCAUUUUGUGGAGGAUUCCUUUGCGGGCUUCCACAACUCUCUCCCUGCCGGGUUUCUUGCCGUGAAACCGAAGAACCCGGCAGAGAAAAGACCCGAACCGGAGGCCCUCAAGCCUUGUUUCAAGACUCCGGUUCCAGCCAAGGCCAGAAGCAAGAGAACCCGGACCGGCGGCCGGGUCUGGUCACUAGGUUCACCCACCUUCACCGAGACUUCGUCGAGUUCAAGUUCGUCUUCCUCGACUUCCUCAUGUCCCUCAAGCUCAUGGCUCAUUUAUAGCACCACACAAGGCCCGGGAGGGUUGGGGUCGUCAGUGGAGAAGCCUCAUAAGAAGGCGAAGAGACCAGCCGCCACGGAGGGAGGUGGUUUUAGCCAGCCACCUCGGCGGUGCAGCCACUGCGGCGUCCAGAAGACUCCGCAGUGGAGAACCGGCCCGAAUGGAGCCAAGACUUUGUGUAACGCAUGCGGGGUCCGUUACAAGUCGGGUCGGCUCGUGCCCGAGUACCGCCCCGCUUGCAGCCCGACUUUCUCGAGUGAGUUGCACUCCAACCACCACCGCAAAGUGAUGGAGAUACGCCGCAAGAAGGAAGUUCCGGUAGGCCCCGUACCUCUGAUGACGACAGCAACCGGGACAUAUGUAGUUCGUAGUUUUUGACUAGAGAAGGAAGAAUGGUUAAAGGUUCAGUUUCACGUUAAGGUUCAGAGUUUAGUUUUAGCAAGUAGGAAGGAAGAGAGUGACAUCGAAGUGAACCGGUUUAGAGUUAAACCCCGGUUCGAGCAGGCCCAGCUUAGUGUACAUUUUUUCUCCAUUCCAUUAUCUCUUUGCAUGGUUGGUGCGGUAGGUUUGUAGGCAAUGUAACUGAUUAGGCAGAACCUGUUUUUUUCUUACUUGGUAUGUACUAUUUACCUUCUUUGCCUCUUUAAUUUCUCAAUUUGG